CACAAGUUCAAUCCAAGAUGGCGCCGCCACCUCCCCCACCGCCACCGCCGCCUCCUCCACCCGACUCUACCGGCGCUCCUGUACCGCCACCGCCUCCCAGCCAACCCGGAAUGACCAAUGGCCCAACAGCCACAGCACCUGGUCAGUCCAAUGGCCCAGUGACGGCUGAAGCCAGCAUGAAUGGGUCAGACCCAACCCCUACUGGACCAUCCUGGGAGAGACCCUGGACACUGGACGAGCUUAGGACAGGAAGCACCAACUGGUCACUGGCAUCCGAUGCAGGUCUUCUGUUGCAUCUAAGAGAGUUCUCACAGCGGAUGAUCUCCAGAACACACGAGAUGGGGAAACAAGUAGACGGCCUGAUGCAUGAGAUGAAGGCCACAGACACCAGGGUCCACAAUGUCUUCAACAGCUUCCUAAUGCUGGCCAACACUCAGUUUGUAGAAAAUCGUGUGUAUGACGAAGAUGUCAGUGAAGACAAAAACAAGAGUGAGAAUGAAGAGAAGAAGACAGAUCAGGAAAAGACCAGAGAGCAGAGAGAAGCUGAGCUGAUCCCCAAAGUGGCAGAGGCACUGGGGUACGGACUGAGUGUGAUUGACAAUGCAUUUGAGACCCUCGACAUCAAGGCUGGGCAGUCCGACUCUGAAGAUGAGGAAACUGGUUACAAAGCAGAACCCAUCCUGGAAGCCAAGGACCCGUACGUGCACCGCCCCCUCCCCUGUAUCAUCGGUUCUCAGGCAUUCAUAGAAGACGAUGAGGUCGGACUUGGAGAUGUCGCCAGCGAGGAUGAAGAGCUUGCCAGUGACCAUGGCAGUGUCAGUGAGUCUGAGAGUGAAAAGGACAUGUCUGGUUCUGACUCAGAGUCUUCUGGGUCUGAAGAGGAAGAGAGUGGGUCAGAAGAGGGAGUCAAACAUGGAAAGAGCAGGGCAAAAAAGGUUGACAGUGAUGAGGAAGAAGGUGAAUUAUUUGGUGCACCAUCAGAUGAGGAGGAGUCUGGGGAGGAAGAGGAGGAGGGAGAUCAACCUCAGAAGGCUGGAGGUUUUGCCGCUGAGCUGGCCUCCAGGAUUGGCGGAGCUCCUAUACCUCAGCCAGAGUCUGACGAGGACAACUGGGAAGAAGAAAAGAAGACAAAGAAAGAGGAGAAGAGGGAGAGGACAGAGUCUACUUCCAGUAAAGGCUCGAAGACAGGGAAAAAGGAGAAGAAGUCAAAGUCAAAGAAGAGAACAAAGACUAAAGAAGAAGAUGACCUGUUUGGUCCUCCUCCAAUGGAAGAGGAAGAGGAUUCACCAUUUGGUGGGAAGGGACUGUUCAGUGGAGGGGGAGGGCUUUUUGAUGACGAGCCUUCGGGUGGUGGCAAAGGUUUGUUUGAUGAUGAUGCACCAAGUGCAGAGCCAGAGGCAGAACCAGAACCAGAGCCUACUCAGACCAAGAAAGAGGCCGCCAGAACCAGAAGUGGGAGAAAGUUGCCUGCAGGCGCAGUGUCGUUAUUUCAAGGUGGAGAUGAUGACCUGUUUGCAUCUAGUCCUCCUAAGGAGACCAAACAGCCUAGUGUGCCAAAGGCUGCCAGCAGUGGUGGUCUGUUUGAGGCAGAAGAUGAUGAUGAAGACCUCUUCUCAAUGGGUGGUGCAACUAAGCCACCUCCUCUCAAGAAAGAAGAGUCCAAACCGAAGCCUAAGGCAGGGUUUGACUUGUUUGGUGAGGAUGAUGAAGAGGAGGAGGGGGAGGGAGGGGGGCUGUUUGGAGGGGCACCAGCUGCCAAGCCUGCUGCACCAGAACAGAAGAAACAGGAGGAAGCGCCCCAGAAAAAGCUGCCACCUGGUGCAGUGUCCAUGUUUGGUACGGGAACCAAUCCUCUAGCUUCAGCCAUUGCUGCCAGGAGGAAAUAUAGUUCUGACGAAGAAGAGUCAGAUAAGGAACAAGAAGAAGAAAAAGUAGAAACACAACAGGAAAAGAAGCCAGAGACAUCCAGGCAAGAGGAGGAACCAAAGAAGAGUCUGUUUCAGCCACCUCCCCUUGAAGAUCAGCCCAAACCCAAGUCUGGCGGGUUGUUUGAUGAUGAUGAUGAUGAUGACCUGUUUGGCAGUGUCCCUGCCAAGAAAGCGUCAGUCAAGUCGCCGGCUGUCACGCAGACUAAGUCCCAGCCUAAGAAGCCUGCAGCCGGGCUGUCGUUGUUUUCAGACGAAGAGGAAUCAGGUGAUCUGUUCGGUGGUUCUGCUCCAGCGGUAAAGGAACCAGAGAAGAGGCCAGACUCAAAAGAGACUGCAGAUACCAAGACUGGAAAGUCCAGUCUGUUUGAGGAUGAAGGAGACGACUUGUUUAGUGCUGGUGUCAAAGCAAACAACAGUAGGAAGAAGCCACCAGGAGGUGUGGACCUUUUUGGAGGGGCUGAUGUAUUUGGCAGAGAUAAAGUAGGAAAGACGGAGGUGGAUGAAUCAAAAACAGCCCUGCCUAAACCCAAGCAGAUCAGCAUGUUCGAUGAAGAUGAGAAAGAUGAUGAUUCAGCUUCCACCAAGAGCCAGGAGUCCUUUGGCAAAGCCUCGCUUGCUUCCAGUGACAGCGGCGGCCGAUCCUCAACCACUCCUGCCGAGAAGCCAGCUGGUCCCCUGGGGCUGUUUGGUGAUGAUGUUGAAGCAGAUGGCGGACUCUUCUCCUCACCUGCAGCCAACAAGGACACCAAGACAAAAAAGCAAGACAAGCCUGCCAAACAGGCGAAGAGUCUGUUUGCUGACGAGGAUGUGCUGUUUGGGGGACAGGAGGAGACGCCUGAUGUGGACCUCUUCAGCUCCUCAAGCUCGUCCAAGCCUGCACCAAAGCAUGACCCAGAGGAGAAGCCUGCUGCCCAACCUGCUAAACCUGCCGGGGGAGGCAUGUUUGGGGAGGAGGAUGAGGAGGAGGACUUUUUCUCCUCAAAACCAUCAGCAGAGAAACAGGCUACCACACCUUCUCCUGAGGAGAAGAAGCCAAAGAAACUGGCUGGAGCCGUGUCCAUGUUUGGUGGCAUCGACCCUGCAGCACUGCUGAAGAAAAAAGUGCCUGCUGAGAAGAAGGAAGCUGCAUCUGACCCACUUCUUGGUGAGCAGCCAUCUCCUUCUCCAACUUCUGAAGAGUCUUCACCAGUAGUUCAAGAGGAAAAGCCUGUCAAGCCUGAAGGGUUCAAGUCUGUGAAGCCUCCUAAAGGGAGGCAGGCAUCCUCGGCUAUUGGCAAACUGCAGGCCAGUCUUGCCAUAAACCCCAGUGCCAUGCUGCCAGGUGCAGCCCCACCUGUGAAAGAACCAGAGUCUGUACCUGUCUCCUUUGACCAGCCCAUGCAGACAAAGACUCUAGAGAGCUUGAGCAAGGAUCGUGCCAAAAUCCAGACCAAGCGAAGACUGCCGUCCAGGAGAGGUCGAAGGGCAGGCGCAGGUCAGCAGAGGGACAGUACGACAUCCCCGGACUCCCCUUCCGACCUCAGCUCUGCCCUCCCGCAACCAACUGGACCUCCAAGCCUGUUUGAAAAUGAGGGAGAAUCUACUACAGCCAAGGACACUCCUGCUGUAUCUGUGGGAGGCAGCAAGGAUGAGACAGAUGACAUGGAUGACAUCUUCGGUAGUUCCAAAAAAUUAGCAAAGCCAGCAUCGUCAAAAGCCUCGUUAGAUGAAGACCUCUUUGGAUCAGCCCCGGCAGCAAGUAUUACAAAAGGAAGUUUAGAAGGUGACGACUUAUUUUCAUCAGUCUCAACAAGAACUCCACCACCACUGAGUGCUAACAAUACAAGUGCUGAGGCUGACUUGUUUUCAGCGGCCAAAACUCAACCUGUUCAAGAGAAAAAGAGCAGUGACCUGUCAACAGGCAAUGAUGAUGACCUGUUCUCAGCACAGUCCAGUAAAUCUACAGUCACAGCGCCCAAGAAAACUGGAAAACUGGGAGAGAUGCCAGAGGAUGACAUCUUUGCUACUGAAGCAGCCAGCACCAGUACAAAGCCAAAGAAAUACAAGGCGGUAACCCCAGAGAGCAGCCUGUUUUCUGAUGACACAAACAUCUUUGCUGAUAUUCCUGCUACCAAACCCAAGGAGAAGAAGAAAAAGACAACCAAGGCCACAACCAAGACCAAAGGUCUGUUCAAGGAUGAGCUUGUGGAUGACAUAUUUGCAGAGGCAGGCAGUAAUGUGUCCAAGAAGGCCAAAUCCAAGAAAAAGCCAGCAAAGAAGACAGAGCCUCAAGGAGACAUCUUUGAUGAUGAUACAACAGAUAUUUUUGCAGAUCCCCUCAAUGUGAUGAAGAAAUAGUAGCAACAGGCUGUGUCAGUUUUAUGUUUUAAAAGCAUAUGUAAAUAAUUCCUUAGAAAUACCAAGUUUGACGAGAUAACUUGAUAACUUUAUACAAUUAUAAAUCAUCAACCCUUUUUGUGUCAGCAGAUUGUGUCCAAUAUGGUUAAUAAAGAGAGUUUUUGCUCAUGACAUUGCUAUAAUAAUUUAUGCUGCUGGAUUUCAUUUUUCAUUAUAAUGAUAAUUACUUAUGUGCAUGUCAUGUCUAAUGUUUUCCUCGCAAUCAUGCUCAAUCAAACAUGGCUGAUUUCUUUUGCAUUUAUAAUACAAUAUUUUCACAUUGAACUUCAAACCUUUGCAAUGUUAGCUCUGUUUAUACAAUCUGGUCAUAUGAUCUGGGUUAAGCCAAUGUUACUACCAGUAUUUAAUACAUCAAAUCAGGCAAUCUCUAAUUGUGAUUGAUAUGAACAAAAUAAAAGAGCCAUGCACUUCA